AUGAUUUCAGCUACCGAGGAUAACAGAAGAUUGAUUGCACAGAAAGAGGUAGAAGUGCAGGAGGCUAAAAUAGCAGUAGAUGCAAGAUGGGGAAAUGUUGGAAACCUUGUACAUGAUUCUGUUCCAGUUAGCAAUGAUGAGGAGAACAAUGCCAUUGUUCACUCGUGGGGGGAGAAGAGGACUGGAUCAAAGCUAAAAAAUCAUGUGGAGCUUGUCGAGCUUCUUGGAAUUGCAGACACAAAGAAAGGUACGAAUGUAGCUGGAGGGAGAGGUUUCUAUCUCAAAGGAGAUGGAGUACGACUUAAUCAAGCUCUAAUUAACUUUGGUUUGGACUUUUUGGAGAAGAGGGGGUAUACUCCAUUACAGACUCCAUUCUUCAUGAGAAAAGAUAUAAUGGCAAAGUGUGCUCAGUUGGCGCAAUUUGAUGAAGAACUCUACAAGGUAACCGGUGAGGGAGAUGACAAAUAUCUGAUUGCCACAGCUGAACAGCCACUUUGUGCAUAUCAUAUAGAUGAUUGGAUUCAUCCUUCUCAAUUGCCAUUGAGAUAUGCUGGAUAUUCGUCGUGCUUCCGUAAAGAAGCUGGUUCACAUGGUCGUGACACUCUUGGAAUUUUCCGAGUUCAUCAGUUUGAAAAGGUGGAACAGUUUUGUAUAACCAGCCCAAACGGCAAUGAUUCCUGGGACAUGCAUGAGGAGAUGAUAAAAAAUUCUGAGGAAUUCUACAAGAUGCUGAAGAUUCCAUAUCAAAUUGUAGCCAUUGUUUCUGGUGCAUUAAAUGAUGCAGCUGCUAAGAAGUAUGAUUUGGAAGGAUGGUUUCCUGCAUCCAAUACCUAUAGAGAGCUUGUGUCCUGCUCAAAUUGCACUGAUUAUCAGUCGAGAAGCCUAGAAAUCCGCUAUGGACAGAAAAAGAGCAAUGAUCAGACUAAGCAAUACGUACAUAUGUUGAACUCUACCCUGACGGCAACAGAGAGGACAAUGUGCUGCAUCCUUGAGAAUUACCAAAAGGAGGAUGGUGUUGAAGUACCUGAAGUUCUGAGAGAGUUCAUGGGUGGGAAGAGUUUCCUUCCUUUCAUCGUCAAAGAGACAAAAGGGAAAAAAAUCAAGGAAUAA